AAGAAGCCAUCGCUCACUCUCAGCCUUUAGUUUAUGUGCAGUCUGCUCUGCAUUCACUUUUGAGAGUCUCUACGACUCAGAGCAAAGCUGUCCACAUCGAGCUUUUUUUGUUUAUUUGUUAAUUUAGUUUCCCCCUUUGUUUUGCACCUUUUGUUAAACAUUGCACUUUACGUUUUUUUUUAUUUUUAUUUUUUUAUUAUUUUAAUUUCUGUAUAUAGCCUACACCAGGAUGGAACUGAAUUCUCUUCUUCUUCUUCUUGAGGCAGCUGAGUAUUUGGAAAGAAGAGACAGAGAAGCUGAACACGGUUACGCGUCUGUUUUACCCUUCGACAAUGACUUUUCCGGAAAGAAAACGAAAUCCUCUUCCAUUUCCAGAAAACCCCACAACAACAGGUCAUCACACAAUGAGCUGGAAAAACACAGACGUGCCAAACUGCGCUUGUACCUGGAGCAGCUGAAACGGCUCGUGCCUUUGGGUCCUGACAGCUCCCGUCACACCACACUGAGUCUGCUCAAACGAGCCAAGAUGCACAUCAAGAAGCUGGAGGAACAGGACAGGAAGGCUCUGAACGUGAAGGAGCAGCUGCAGAGAGAACACCGCUACCUCAAACGGCGUCUGGAGCAGCUGUCUGUGCAGGGCUUGGAGCGCGUUCGCACCGACAGCAUGGGCUCCACCAUCUACACCGACUCUGAGCAAGAAGUGGACGUGGACAUCGAGGGGAUGGAGUUCACAGCAGGUGAAGGUGAGAGCGUGCACAGUGUUAGUGAUGGAGAAGACCACUACAGCCUGCAGAGCAGCUCCAGCGAUGGAGGACACCAUCCACACUCCUGCAGACUACAGGCUCACAUCUGCUAGACGAGUGUGACCUCCCCAUCAUACACAUCAGCCGUCCUCACAGCUGGCAGGAUGCACCUGGCUGAUUUACACUCCUCGGGAAACUCGCAACUCUUGCUACGCUUUAUAUCAAACCCUCCCCAACACCACAAAUACACAGACGAGCAGUAUGUGGUUUAGAAAGAACAUGUGUGUGGUAAUGCAGUUUUAACUCGUCUCUUCUGAUGUCAGACAGCCUCUGAACUCCAAGGGAAUUGGCUUGCUUAUGUGAUUCUACUGUGGAUUUCUGGCCGCGUUUACACUUGCACAAAAUCAGAUUUGUUUAUAACUAACAUCAGAAUUCGUCGCACAUUUAUAAACACAAAAAUUCAUUUUAUCGCCGCCGUUCUGAUUUACAUGAUCAGAUUACUUUUUUCAAGUAACUAGUACAUUAAGAGUUUUUUUCUAUUUAAAACAAAUAAAGAGGCUCAGCCCAUGUGAAAUAAAGUAACACAAAAGUAACGCAUUACAUUCCAUAAACUGUAACUAAGUAACACAAUUAGUUACUUUCCCCGACACUGUUUCAUCUGAGCCACUCCAAACAUUCAGGAAGCUGUCCUGUGAUUUCAUGAAUUAAAAUAGGUUCUACUGAACUCUAAAUAGUAUUUUUGAGCAGCAACGUGAUCAUUAUUCUAGUGUGAAUGUAAACGCUGUGUCGUGUCUUAUAUGAUUAUAAACAAAAGGGGAAAAAACAUAUAUGAUCAAAAGAUCAGAUCAGUGCAUUAAUGUAAACGCUGCCACAAAACAAACAAAAGUGCGGAGUAAAUCUAUGCUAUCUAGGUAGGCAGCUCACUAGGUUUGUGAAUCAGUUCAUCUUGCAUCAUGGGUUUGAAGAGGAUUCUUGUGUGGUUCCUAAGAAAAGUGCAAGUAGCAUCAUGCACACUAAUAGACUAACGGAGCAGGAGCGAGAGGACAAAACUAAAGGGCACUUCUAGGAAUCCGUGGAUUCUAUUUCAGCAUUUACCUCUGUGUAGAAGUCUUUAUCUAAAACUAUCAGUAGUAAAUGAUGUAGCAGUAAACUUGGAAAGCUGAUGAACUGAUUCUGGCCCCAGUCUGAAAGACGUGAGAAGAUGAACAGAGCUGUUUUGUUUCAGUUGUGAGUAUUACACUCAAACCGACAAGUUAAAACUGCAUGACCGGCCGUGCAUGUAAAGUUACUGUCAGAAAAUCAUACUGAUGCUUUUCUUCAUUUCCCCGUAACGUACUCGCAUAAUUCCUGACGCCUUUAUUCUUCAGCAGUAUAUAUAUGCAGUGCAUUGUGCAAUACUCCAUGUAUGAAUGAAGAAGGUUCUUAAUGCUGGGAAUCCCAGCUCUUCUGAGACCCAAAUAAAAAGAAACAGAAAAAUAUACAUAUAUAUAUAUUUGAAAAAAGGAAGAAAAAACAAGUGUAGUUUAUAUUUUCUGUAGUGCUUUUGUAGUAUAUUUUCCAAAUAGAAGAGUAUAUGAGAAUGACAGGAAGUGAGGCCAGACUGAUGUUUGGGAGAGCUCUGUCACGCUGUGCCUUGACUCGUCUUAGCCUUGUUUCUGUGAUCCAUCCCUCCGAACCAGCACGACCUGCCAGCUUCCAUCCUCAGAACAGAUUGAUGAGGAACAUGACUUAGUCACCUCUGACCUCCGUCAAAACUACUUUGUUCUGUCAUGCAUCAUCCUGAACAACACUGGUCAUCUUCUCCUGUGGCAGCUCGUCUCACCUGAUCAACUCUGCUCUUGAGGCUCUUUCCAUUUUUAUUACCCUGUCUUGUUAUUAUCAUCCUCAUUUCUAAGAUGUGUUUUGUAUUUCAAACAAUGAAUUGGAAGACCUUGGGAGAAGAGCAUUGGAAUCAAUCAUUAAUGGCAGCUGGAGUCUCCCAGAGGUAGAUCCUGUUCUUUAGUGUUAAAGUAUCUGAUCCUCUGCCUAUAAACGCAAAGAGACUGCAAUAAGAGUCUUGUGUUUGCAAAAGUGUGCGGUGUUGUAUUAGAAAGGAGCACUGUUUCACAAUUAUGGUGCAUAUUGUGACCAACACGUUUUUUGGUUUGUUUUUGUUUUAUUCUCUCCAUUCUAUGCAAACACUUAAAGGAUUAUGGAAGCCCAUUUCUGCCACAGAAAAACGCAAAAAAUAAUAAUUUUAACCAAAUUGUUUUAUUAAUAAACUCAGAAUUCUCAGAAUUGUUUUAUCAGAGUUGUCAGUGAAAACUUAACUCAGAGUUUACUUCUUGUAAUUUAUUUUGUGUUUUGUUUCCACCAUGUAAUAAAACAUUUAAAUUGAGUCUUUUUAUGUCACAAUUCGGAUUUCUUGUUUCUUGCAAUUGUGAGUUUACGUCUCACAACAAUGACAUUUCUUCUGAGAAUUGCAAGUUUUUAUAUAUUAUUUUAUGCAUUAUAAUAUUCUGUCUUUUUAUUUUGUGGCAGAAACUGUCUUCC